UACGCCUCUGUGCCUUAUCUUCCCUGUUCAAUCCUCUUAGCCCACAGAGCUCAUCACUCAUAGAUAAUUUGGAGACUUCACUGGAAGGCUCUGAUUGAGGAAAUAAAAGCAAGCAUUGGAUCAAAGAAACAGCCACAGUCUCUGAACUGUUGUCUUUAACCCAAAUAUCUCUCUGUGUGAGCUGUCCAAAGGUUUCUUGUGUACCUUUCAUAAAAUGUUGGUCUUCUCAAGAGUUACGUACAUCACUUUGUCAUUUCUUCUUUUUUCUGAAAGUUUCUUUAUCAUAUCAGCAUUUUACAGGAGUCAUACAAUGUGUAGAAAUUUUGUUCCUUCUAUGAAUUGCCCCAAAGAGAAUAAACCUGUCUGUGCAACCAAUAGCCGUACUUUUACCAGCAGAUGCACGUUCUGUAAAGCAUACAAAGAAAGCAAUGGUAAAAUUAAAUUUAAACAUUAUGGUAAAUGUUGAGUUCUCGAUGGAGCAACAUCUUCCUAUGGAUCUUAUUAUAAUCACAGGUUUGUCCUGAAGUCUACAGUGGAUUGGAGAUUUUGUCAUCAGGUUCUCAUGGCCUUAGAAGAUUGGGUGACUCUCUGUGUAGGACACAGAGUAGAAGAAUGUCACUGUUCUUUUCACUUCUGGGAUCCUGGAAUUUCAAUGUUUUACAUUCUAUGGUCAACUACUUAAUGACACCUAUUAAUCCAAAAUCUCAAUUUUACAUUCUGUAAACUGACAACUUAAAACAAUCAAUACUCUUGUUGUAGUUCUUAAUAAAGUCUUAAAGUACACUA